AGACAAGAAGGACAAAUCUUAAUUUUUUGCUUUUGUCGUUGUUCACUUUAAUGAAGUUAAGUUAGUCACAAGUACGAUGGCGAUGUUGGAUUCUUCCGUUUCGUUGUUGAAUAUUUUCUGAGCGAAUUAUUACCGGUUUUAAUGUUACUUGAGGAAUAAUAUAAAUGAUAAACUGUAAAUUUGUUGGAAGAAAUACGUGUGGUCUAAUUCUAGAGUGAGAUUUUAUUCAAACGUGCGAGCAUCGUGAACGUGAGGUGAUGGACGAGACUACAGAUCCACACAUGGAGACAGACGUGUCAUCCACAACUGAAGAUGUACCAGAGAUGCAGGAGGUGACAGGAUCCAAUGGUAAUGUUGUGUUGAUAGUAGAGAAGAUAGAAGAAGAACAUGUGGAAUCCAGUCCUAAAACCGAUGAGAAACCAAUGCAGGUGAGCGAAACAGGCUCCCCAAAUAAAUCAGAUAAGCUAAACUUGUCACCGCAGAAGGAAGCAUCACCUUUGCCUACAAAUACCACUAAUAAAUCCCCCUUGGUCAAGAAAAUUGUAUUGAAACGUCCUACUAAUCCUAUUCUCAAUGUAGAUCAGUUAAAAGCUGCAAAAUUGAAUAAAAAUUUAGACAGUGCAGUUCCACAAUCAACUAUCUUGGUACACUCUGAAGAAACUGUUGAUUCAUCAAGUAAAAUUGAUGAUCACAAGUCUCCACACAAAAAUACUUCAGAUGUCACAAAUAAAUCCCCAUUAAAAAAUGUUGAUGUUGAAAUUACAAUCAGAAAGUUUCCCUCAAAUGUUCAAGCAGAUUUGCAGAAAUCUGCUGAGAAAUCUCCUUCUAAAGAGAAAUCUCCUACUAAAAUUAUUGCUGAAACAACCAUGAAUGAUUCUCAGAAAACUUAUAGUGCCAACAAAGAGAUAAAUGCUCUGAAAACUCCAGUAAAAUCACCACCAAAGGAACAGGUAGACACUCAGAAGACUCCAGUAAGAGACCAGCUAGAUGUUCAAAAACCAGCUACAAAAUUGCCCAUAAAAGAGCUGUCAACAGAACCUUCAAAAACACCCAAAGAAGUUGCAGAAGAAGACAAUAAGACGACGAAUGGAGAUCAUGAAGAAAGCACAAACAAUCAAGAGAACAAACUGGAGAAGGAAACUGUCAUUGACAAAGACCCCUCUAAUGAUUCUCAGAUUGAGAGUUUAGACUCUACAGAGAAAGACCCUAAUAAAAGCAUAAGUAGAGAACUCAAGUCACUAAUCAAUUCUGCAAAAGAAUCUAAAAUAAUAAGCGAAUGUACACAACUAACAAGUAAGACUAGGAAGUCUAGAACAGCUUUAGAUUCCUCAAAUCCAUUGAAUACAUCUGUGGAAGCUGACAAGAUACAAGGUUACAGAAGAGUAAGCACAAACUCCCAGAAGAGUAAUUGCAGUGAAAAGUCUGAAAAGGUUGCUGUCAAGCGAUCAAUGCGGUCACAAAAUCCAGAGUUUGUGAACAAAGUAAAACAAUUCCUCAGUUCAGUGACUAAAAUUCAGAAAGAUACAGAUGAAGAAGGCACUGAUGAAGAGGUGGAAAAUGUGAAGAAGAAAGAGCCACCACCAAAUGAAAUUAAAACCAGCACUCCUAAGAAAAAGAAAUUGUCUGAAGUAGACACUACAGAGAAACCCAACAAACUGAGGACAGAUCCUUACUGUUGGAGAUGCCAUUGGGCCAUAGAGCAGCCAGCCAAUGAAAAAGUCCACUUGCCAAUGCAUUGCACCGUAUGCCCAAGGGGUUUCCAUUACAAGUGUUUCUCCGGAGCUGAGAGGAACAAAAUCACCAAUGAAAAGAACUGGGUGUGUCCAGAAUGCUUGUCUGUGUUGCAUGCAGAGAGCUCAGAGACAAGGUCACCAGCCAUGAAGAAAAUAUCCCUGGGUAUGCUGUGUGAACUUCUCAAUUUCGCGUUGCAGAGGAUGAUGGAUCUCAAUGGGGUGGAACCAUUCAUGCAACCAGUGGACCGCACCGCAUUCCCUGACUACGACAAAUACGUUGUACACCCGAUGGAUCUUUCGCUGAUGAAGCAGAACAUUGCUGCGGGACUAUACGGGAGCACGGAGGCGUUCCUUGCUGACGCGCAAUGGAUACUGCACAACAGCAUUAUUUUCAACACAAAUUUGUUAUCCACAGUGCAAUCGAAGUUAACUGGCGGUGCGCGGGCGCUGGUCCGGUCGUGUCGCGCUGAAAUGGGGGAGAUCGAGGCGUGUCCUGAAUGUUACAAGGCUGCGCACGCGCGGCGACCAACCUGGUUCACUGAUGUGUGUACUACACCACAUGUGUUACUAUGGGCGAAAUUAAAAGGUUUCCCAUACUGGCCAGCGAAGGGUAUGUCAGUGAACAACGCCGGCCUAGUCGAUGUGAGGUUCUUCGGAGCGCACGACCGCGCGUGGGUGCCGGCCAAAGACUGCUUCCUUUAUUCUGAAAAAGAUCCAAACAACUUUAGGACCAAGCGGCAAGAUAUAUUGGACAGCAUGCAGGAAGCCGAACAGCAUAUCCGGAAUAUAUCACGCAAAUAUGGCAAAUUUGUUUACCCGCCGUUUAAAACGCAGUUCGACCCUUCCAAGCUCACUGAACAAAUAAAAUUGAUGAUCCCAUCAUUCGAGGGCGAAGUGCGCUCCGCAGUAAAAGAGAAAUCGCAGAAUUCUUCGCCCAGUAUGAACAGCACUAAAAGUAGGAUGAACUCUAGCCGAUCCGACUCCAAAAGCUCUAAAGAAGGUCAUGAUGGUGACACCAGUGAAAGUGAGGAAAUGUCAACAGUUGCUACUCGUAAAAUGGCGGAUGGAGCGGAAAUCGCCAGGGAAGAGGACAACUCCUAUGUUAAGGACAAAACAAUGGAUGUGGAUGUAUCUCGGACUGAAAUUCCAGUCAAACAGUAUGAGGCGUCCAGAAAACGUCGACAUUCCCAACUUGAAGAAGCCGUCAUCACUGUGAUAGAUAAUGUCAUCAAAGAGAAGAAACGAAAGGUCGCUGAAAAAGACAAACCUAGUGAUAAGACUGAAUCAGAUCCCAAUAGUGGCAAAGAUGUCGAAAUAAAACUUGUUGAAUCCAAAAAGACUGAAAAACCGCAAGAAAGAUCUGAAAACACUCCAAAAGUCAAAGAAAAGACUUCAACUCCAGUAGCGGACCAACAGAGAACUCCUAAAGUUGCGCCGAUCAAGAUUAUCACAACUCCCAAAGGACAAAGAACCGCAAUCAGAUCGAGCACUCCGAAAAUAAAAUUGGUAGCAAAGAAACCUUCUUAUGAUAAAAAGAGACCUUCAUCCGAAAAAAGUAUUAACAAGGAUGAAAAGAAACAUAGGAAUUCGAGAAACCGGUCUUUGAACGGAAGUAAUGCAGCGCCUGGGACUACACCCGGGAAAGAUAAAAUUGAUAAGAAGAGUGAUAAUAGUUGUAAUAUUUCUACAAAAGAUAAAGCCAAAGAAGUAUCUAAUAAUAAAAAUAAAGUUGAAGGAAAAUCGACGCCGGAUAAACAAGGGAAACAGAGCUUAGAUAAUAAAAUUAAAAAUAGAAUCAAAUUUGAUGAUGACACAAGUUUGGCGGUAAUAGCACGAAGAAGUAAGGAUAGCGACAACGAAAUUUCGUGUCUGCCAACUAUUAGUAAUGUUAUCAGUCUAUCAACUACUGCUCAAAGCACAAGAACAACUACUUCAAAACCCACGACAUCUAAUAAAUCUAUAGAAAUCACUAUUGAUUCAAAUUCUAGUAUUUUUGCACCAACUAGUACAGAUAACGUUAACAACAUGAAGGAUGCCGUCAACAAAUUGCAGAAACUGAGAAGUGAUACAAAUCAGCAAUCCUUAGUUGGUAAAGUAGGGGUCAGAGCAUUCGCGCGUAUGACAUCGCCGCCAAUGAAUUCGGUCAACAAUAAGGACAUGCAAGUGGAAAUAAAAGCGGAGCCGAUUGAUCUAGACGAUUCUGAUCGCCAAUUGGAAAAGAUGGAAGUGAUGAAUGCGUUCCACUUGAGGCCGGUAAAUCCGCCGACUAGUUUGCGAGAAGUGAGGAUAAAUAAGAUGGUGGUGGGGCCGUUACCUAAUGCGAAACGGAGUGGGAACGUCGUAGAAGUUAGACCGAGGGCGAAGAAAUCGUUUCCUACUCCGUCGAGGCCUAACGAGGGUCGUUCGGAGUUGAACGGGAAGAACUCGAUGGUGUAUAUUCCUAUUCAGCCGCCUGCGACCCCGGGGCCUCAGCGUGGGCCGAGGCCGACUAUUCCAGCGUCUGCGUCGGCGCCAAUAGUAACUCCCAUCAUUAGACCUCCUGCACCAAUGGUAACCACUUCUGCAAACAACAUUUCAAACAUAACACCGUCUCUAGUCCCUAUAUCAGCAACGACAAGUCCCAUCGUGUCCGCAAUUUCCCCCGCGCAGAACGGCCCCACUGUUGGACAAGCUACUGUGCAUACAGUGCCGCUUAUUACCUCCGUCAACGGACAGUGGACGUUGGCGCUACAGCCUGUUAUGUCGGUUGGAGGAAUCGAUGGUGACGCGACACCGAUGGUGAACGGUACCGACCGGCUACCAAACGUGUCAAGUAUUACCAACAUGAACAUCGCGAAUGUAAACAACGUGAGCGGUCUUGCCAACGUGACGAGCAUGGCCGGCAUAACGAAUAUGGCCGGUAUUGCCAAUAUAACGAGCAAUGUGACCGGGAUUACAGGAACAGUGCCUAUUGCAGCCUCGAUGGUGGCGCCUCCACCGCCAAAUGCAACGUCGGGAACUAACAGAGUCAAUGACACGAAUUCUAAUCCUGGAGAGCCGCCGCGACUGCAACAAAGGCCAGUGCUUCUAAACCCGCUGGAUCCCCGGACGCCGGUCGCGAUCCUGCCAGCGCCGCCCACCGCCGGCCCGCUCACUGCCAAGCUCAACCAGAACGCGGUCAAGUUGGCAGACUUUUUCCGCACACUUCUAGAGGAUUCUAUUGAACACUUAGACGCUCCAGAGGCUCAGGCAGCGGCGUUCAAACUCCAACUGGAGCAGAUGCGGUGGCGCCACCAACAGGAGAUCGAUGAAAUCAACCACAACCAUGAACUGACAAUAGCCGAGAUGCGUUCGUCGUUCGAAAAGGAACGCGCGCGCAUCAUGAGUGAAGUGAAGCGGACCGCUCAAACGGAAUUAGAGGCGGCGGUCAACGCGGCAAAAUCUAAACAAUGGUGUGCAAACUGUAAUGGCGAGGCGCAGUUCUACUGCUGCUGGAACACGUCGUACUGCGACUAUCCGUGCCAGAGAGCGCACUGGGCGCAACAUUUUGCUGUCUGCACGCAAAAGAGAAUUCAGGAUGGAAACUCCAGUGGUGACAACGAAAAUAGUUCGCCGCCUGACAGACUACAACCUCAGCCUGAGAAUCUCCCAGCUUUACAGAAAAACACGCCGAAGCUGACGGCGGCGAGCACCAGCGUUAACCGCGCGCCGCAACAGGACUCCAUUAUAAUGAGCGUGAUGGAGGACGGCCGUGGAAACCAAACGCUGAAGUGUGUGGGCACGUAUAAGCCGCCCGGGAACGCUGCGCAGGCGCAGGUGACGCCCGUCCUCCUCAACAAACAGAUAAUGUCCAACGAAGAUAACUCCAAAAAAGUGGUGACAUCUGGUGGUUACUUGAUCGUCGGCGGUAACGUCUCGAACUCUGCGUCCAUUGUUACACAACCCAGGAGAGGUCCCAACGUUCAAUAUAUCACGGGACAAUAAUUUCUCAGUUCGGAAAGGUUUAAUAGGUCCACGGUAUUCUUUGGGUCUAUUCUUUAAUGUUGACAAGGCCAUUGUCUUAUUUUACAUCUUUCUUUAUUUCUUAUCUGGGCCGAAAAGAUUACGUUCCUUUAUGUCAACGUACAGUCUCAUAUGACGCUGUAAUAGAGGCGAAUUUGGGUAGGUUGAUGUGUUGUAUGUGAAUAAGCCCCCAGCCUUCGUAACAUGGCACACGUAACACGUUUUUAUCGCGUGAAAAUCUAUCGCGGUUUCGCUGUUUAUUAUGACGUAAAACGGGCCCGCUAUAGCUUUUUGCGCGAUAAAAAGGGCGUCGCGGGACCCAUGCUACGGGGGCUGAUUCGCAAACCAACCAAAUAGCAACGGAAAUCUUAGCAAUUUUUUUGACAUGCAACAAAUAGAUUUUUGUCGAUUCCUAUUUAUACAAAGCUUUCCAGUAAGUUGGAUUGGGGUGUACGAAAAAAUAGGUACCCAUAGUAUGCAUCGAAUUUAUAUGAUCUUGAUGACAUUUUAAAAUAAUGCUUCUUAUUUUGUUAAUUGUUUGCUAAUCCUAAGUUCAUUAGACAUUUGAAAAUUGAAAGCCGUUUAUUAUGUAAAUAGAGCAUUUAUAUUUGUGACAAGUUUAAGACUACUUUAAUCUACUUUUAAGUGUAUAUAAAGUAUUGUUGUGAAAUUGAGAAGAAUGCUCAAAAAUGUUGUAAUGUGAUAGUUAAUCAAUGAAAUUGGCCAGUUCACUGCCAGCUUGGUUCUUUGGCAUAACAAUAUGCUGUAAUAUUUUAGCAUAUGUAUCUGAUGAUGUUAAUAAAAAUAAUGUGAUCAAGCAAACCUCCAUGUAUAUUGUGUGUGUAUGGGGUAUUUGGCUUAGAAUCAAGUUCUGGACGCAUUUUGUACUGCGACUAAUGUAUCAAAAGGGUGUUCAGCGCUCUUAUAAUGGUUCUAUUAAAAAAUGCUCUGAAUAAACAUACCGUCAAAUGUCCCUUUAAAAUCAUGUUUGAGAAGCUAUGUUGAAUCUGAGCCAACCAUGCCGUGAUUUCAUAAGUUUUCAUUAAUUCAAAAAGUACUAACUCAUGGUAUUUUAAUAUCUUAUCUGCCUGUAAAUAUUGUAUAGUUUUAAUUAUAAAAUUUGAGACAAUUUUCAAAUUGUGCUGUAGUCGUUAAACAUUUCUUCAUAAUAAUAUACCUACCUAUGUGUAGUAGUAUAUUUCAGGUAUUCAAUUAAAUAAACUUUUAUUUCGAAAACAGUUUCAAAAGUUGUUAGUAGUAUUGCUAGGAGUAUAAGUUGUCAGCAAUAUGUUAUCUUGAUUUCUCACGAAAAAUCUGUGUACAAAUGUAAUUUCAUUAGUAUGGAAUUUUACCAUAAAAAUAAUUAAACUUCUGUAGGUAAUUUUAAGACUGCUAGUAUCAUAUUACAUAAUAUUUAUCCGUAAUUCCUACAAAAGCAUGGACCGUUUGCAUAUUUAUUGUAGUCAGUAUCUGGUUGCAUAAAGGUUUUAAAAUCUUAUAACACCUUAAUGAGAGAGAAAGGGAGGAUGUUAUUUUGUAAAUAUUAUGUUUUAUCAUUCUCAUGAAGCCUUUAGAAUGUAUAAAUGUGCGGAAUUCAAUAAAGACUUUGCAGAAACUAU